UAUUUAUUUGAAAAAAGAAAAGAUGGUAUUCAAGAUCAACUGGGUACUUGCAUUGAGUACUUGUAUUUUAUAUGUGAAUGCUUCUGCUAAUACGACAUCCGGCGAUAUCUUUUGUAAUCUAAUAAACUCACUUUCGUCGCCCAAUGAAAGUCGAAUGCUAACUCGGUUCAAUGCUGUCUUUUUUGGUGAUUUUAUAACAGGCAAAAACGCGGGAUCCCAAGGUCCUUUGGCUAUUGGUGGAUCUUUUAAAGGAGAAGGUGCCAUGAUAAAUCAGCGUCAACAAAUCAACGAUUGCGAGCUGUACCCUACUUCUCAUGGACUUGUUUUAAAUGGCUUGAAUUAUUCACCCAAGGUUAGAGUUCAUGGACAUGCUUAUUUGCAACAACAAGACGAUGAUUCUGAAGUAAAUGCAUGCUCUACCUCCAUACCUUCUUCGUCCAUUCAUCGUUAUAAUUUUGACCAAGCUCAAACUAUGGCCCUCAAUAUAUCUCGACAAUUAGUUAAUAUGUUCCCCAGUUGGACUAUUGAUUCGCAAGGUGUUCUUGUUAAGAUUAUGGCAGAAGGGAUUAAUAUUAAGCAGCCUUAUAGCUUAUUCAGUCUACCAAUGACUUGUCAAGGUCAAUGUGAAUCCAUGGGCACUUAUUUUUCUUGUGAUGAGAAUCGUGAAUGCCAAAUACCCAAGGAGGCAUUAUCGAACGUAGCAGACAGUAUGUUGUUUGGUAAUGGUACCUGGACAGGGCCUGUGCAACAAGUCUAUCCACAAGACAAACUUGUUGUUUUCAAUGUACCUGUAUUGAACGGUCAAGUUUUAGAUAUCAAGACUACAAACCCUAGUGCUGGUUUAAAUGCAUGUAACACAGUGUAUCAUUUUUAUGCAGUGGAUCAGCAAGGUCGCUAUAUGUCGAAUGGUAAAUUCGUUAUCCAACGACAUAGCAAACACCCAUUUUCUGGUAUGAUGCUUGCUCCUCAAGCGCAUAUCAUAGACAGUAACACAGGUGCAUUUGUUGGUCAACUUAUUGCAGCAAGUUAUGAAGCACAGACUGAUGGUGUACAAAUUAAAGAUUACAUGGCUGCUGGUAAUGAAAAAUGUCAAAUGUUCUAUCACAGUUGUGAGCCAAAUCCCUCAUAAGGUUCAUGAUCUCGGCAUGAUUCAUGUAAGCUAAACUUUCAUUGUAUGCAUGGUCAUUCUAUACACUCUUGAACCAAUAAAUAGUCCCUUUGUCUAUGAUUGGGUCGCAUUUGAUUUUUGUGAUAAUU